AUGAGAAUUACAAGCAGAGAGAAGGACUUUGCAUUCUCCUAUAUCCUCUCUCUCAUGAUGCUGCUGCUUCAACAUAUAAUAACAGCUACUGCUAAUGCAACAACUGAAAACAGCUAUGCCUGUAGAAAUUCAUCUUGUGGAGCUUUGCAAAUUCGAUUUCCAUUUCGCUUAAAGGAUUUGCAACCGAUUCAUUGUGGAUAUCCAGGGUUUGAAUUAUCUUGCACAAAAAACAAUGAAACAGAAAUUGAGCUACCAUUUUCAGGGAAAUUCUUCGUAAAAGACAUCAAUUAUGCUUUCCAAACUAUGGAAAUUUAUGAUCAAAAUAAUUGCAUCACUGGAAGGCUUAUGAAUUUCAGUCUCUCUAGCAAUAGUCCUUUUAAAACACGAGACGAGUUUGAGAAUUAUAGCUACUUUAACUGUUCGAUGGACGAGAAAUAUGAAUACUCUUGGGGUGAGAUAAGGUGUUUAAGUAGUCCUAAUUUGACGUACAGAGUUUUUGGAAAAAGAUCAAAUUCUCAUGUUGGAUAUGACUUACCUGACAAUUGUGUCGUAUUGCCACUUUCAAUUCAAGUGCCCAAGUAUGUUAAUUCAUAUUUUUAUUCGGACAGUCUUUUCAUGAAGUGGGAUGAGCCCAAAUGCGGUCGUUGUGAAGCUCAUGGAAGGAAGUGUAGAUACAAAAAUCACAACUCUAGCCUUUCGGCCGUUGAAUGUUUUAAAGCUCCGCCGCCUUACCACAAACCAAAAGGAAAGAAGAUAGCCAUAAGUGUGAGCGUUGGGAUAUUUGUUUUCAUAUUAUCCGGGCUGAUGUUGACCAUCAGGACACGCAAGAAAGCAGAUAUGAAGGAAAAAGAAAAUCAAUCAAGGAUUGAACAGUUCCUGGAAAACAAUGCUCUCAAACCCACACGGUACUCUCAUGCUGAACUAAAGAAGAUUACAAACAAAUUUGAGACAAAAUUAGGCCAAGGAGGAUAUGGGAGCGUUUUCGAAGGAAAGCUUACAAAUGGUAUCCAAGUAGCAGUUAAAGUUCUCGACAAUUCAGAAGGAAGCAACGAUGGAGAAGAAUUCGUCAAUGAGGUUGCCACUAUAGGUAGGAUUCAUCAUCUAAAUGUUGUGCGCCUCUUGGGGUUCUGCGUUGAAGGAUCUAUGAGAGCUCUUAUUUAUGAAUUCAUGAUGAAUAGUUCACUAGACAAGUUCAUAUUCUCAGUUGAAAAAGAUAAGACAUUGAUAAACCUUGGUUGGCCAAAGCUUAAAGAAAUUGCCAUCGGUAUAGCUCGUGGUAUGGAAUAUCUUCACCAAGGUUGUGAUCAGCGCAUUCUGCAUUUCGAUAUCAAACCUCAAAAUAUUUUACUAGACCACAAUUUUACUCCAAAGAUCUCAGACUUUGGUCUAGCAAAGUUAUGCACCAAAGAUACAUUUGUCACUGUUUCUAUGGCUGCUGCUAGGGGAACAAUAGGUUACAUUGCACCUGAAGUUUUUUCGAGGAACUUUGGUGCCAUAUCGUACAAAUCAGACGUAUAUAGUUUUGGAAUGUUGUUACUUGAAAUGGUUGGAGGUAAGAAAAAUACCGAAAUUAAGAUGGAAGCAAGGAAUGACGAAGAAUACUUCCCGGAAUGGGUACACAAUCGUUUGAAUCGUGGGGAAGAAUUAGGAAUUCAAGCUGAAGCAGAAGACUUGGAUAUAGUAAAGAAAUUAUCAAUGGUGGCACUCUGGUGUAUUCAAUGGAACCCUCUUGAUCGUCCUUCCAUGAAUAGUGUCCUUCAUAUGCUAGAAGGGAAUGCUGAAAAUUUACUCAUGGCACCCAACCCUUUCGCCUCCACGACUUCAGUUUCAAGUACUUCUAGGGUUAAUCAUGCAAAUGAGAUUGAAUUAUCACCAAUCUUAGAAGAUUACGAGUGAAGAUAAUGUACUAAAACCAUUUUUGUUCCGUGUUAUUUCUACCAAUGUAUUAAUUUUGAUGUCAAAACACAUUUGCAACACA